GAGCUAUUCCGACCAAAUAGGACCACCUUUGGAAUGAGCCUUCCUGGCAUUGAUAUACAAAGAGCUAGAGACCAUGGUGUGCCUCCAUACAAUGAUCUGCGUAAGAAAUGUGGGCUUACAAGAGCAAAUGACUUUGGUGAUCUCAUUGAUACUACCCCUUAUCCAGCAAUUCUAAAAAUGAAAAAAGUUUAUAAACAUGUUGAUGAUAUUGAUCCCAUAGUUGGAGGAGCCUUAGAAAAUAAUAUCCCUGGAACAUUGAUGGGUCCAACAUUUCUGUGUCUUAUGGUUAAUCAGUUCCUCUUAUCGCAGAAGUCUGACAGAUUUUUCUACCUCAAUAGGAAACAGGAGUAUCCCUUUACUGAAGGACAAAUCAAUGAAAUUAAGAAAGCUAGCAUUGCCAGGCUUAUGUGUGACCAUACAGGUGUUCAAAAGAUUCAAAAACGAGCAUUUUUGCAGAUAUCUAAGAGGAAUUCGUUAGUAGAUUGUAGACAUAUUCCUGCUGUUGAUCUGUCAGCGUGGGAGGAAAAAUGGAAUGUUGCUUGAACUAGUAUCAAGAGCAGCACCCUGCUUUGAGUUAUUACUUUGAAAAUACUGCUUUCAAAUCAGUGUGAAAUAGUGAAAAUGUGUCAAAUUUGUAAGAGUCUAAAGUGCUUCACUUCACUGUUAGAUGGGUGAAACAACUGGGUUUGGGUUUAAAGAAAGAUGUUGUAAGGAAAAAAGUGUUUAAUCAUGAAAAAUAAAAGCAAAGAAAAAUUCUUACUUGUCUGGUGAGUCUCUUAAUGAUUUGUCAUUACAAUGCAGUUUCUACCUGUUUCUGUGCCUCACUGUUUUAUUUCAGUAUGUAUUGUAAUCACUCAUUUAAUAAAUGCCUUGCAUUUUUACUACCUCUCCAAUUAGUCACAUGUAAUUGAAUAGUAGUGACAAAUGGACAUUUUGAACCAAUUUAGUAGAUUCUUAUUGUAGAGCUGGACUAAGUGAUUUUGUGACACAUUAGAUCUAACUUCUGACAUUA